AUGGCGAGUGUUUUAACCAUAAUGAUACUCGAAUGGAUCCUAUUCCUUUUAUUAUCAUUCUAUCUGGAUCACUUUGGUUCCUUUCAAAGUGGAAUUAGAAAAGCAGUAUUACUUCUUCACUCUCGCCGGGCUGGGAACCGUUCUCAAUCUGCUCAACAGCAGACCACACAGAUUCAAGAGUUCGAAGCUUCCGUUGAAAUGGAGAGAACAGAUGUUAUCAAAGAGAGAGAGAUGGUUGGACAGCUCUUACAAGAACCAAAUAGUAGUUAUUCAGUCAUAUGUGACAACCUUAAGAAAGUGUACCCUGGAAAAGAUGGCAAUUCAAAGAAAAUUGCUGUCAGAGAGUUGUCCCUUUCAAUGGCACGUGGGCAGUGCUUUGGUGUUCUUGGUCCAAAUGGUGCUGGAAAAACCACUCUCAUCAACAUGCUCACUGGAUUUACUAAACCUACGUCUGGCACCGCGUACAUCGAAGGAAUGGACAUAAGGUUGGACAUGGACAAAAUUUAUACAGGAAUUGGUGUUUGUCCCCAGCAUGACUUGCUUUGGGAAAAUCUGACUGGCCGAGAGCAUUUGAUGUUCUACGGCAGGCUCAAGAAACUGAAGGGUGCAAAAUUAGCUCAGGCUAUCGAACAAUCUCUGAAAAGUGUGCGUUUGUUUGACGGUGGUGUUCCCGAUAAGCUUGUACAAAAAUACAGCGGUGGCAUGAAACGUCGUCUCAGCGUCGCCAUCUCUCUAAUUGGUGACCCUAAGGUUGUUUAUAUGGAUGAACCAAGUUCUGGCUUAGAUCCGGCAUCAAGGAAAGACCUAUGGAAAGCCGUCAAGUCUGCCAAACAGGACAGGGCCAUAAUUCUCACGACACAUUCAAUGGAAGAAGCUGAAGUUCUGUGCGAUCGGAUAGGAAUAAUCGCGGAUGGUACCUUGCAGUGCAUUGGAAACUCAAGAGAGCUGAAAACCAAGUACGGAGGCUCAUAUGUGCUGACGAUAACGACCAUGGCGGCUGAGGAGGCGGAGGAGGAGGUGGCAAAGCUAGUCCGGUCCAUCUCGCCGGCGGUGAGCAGGGUGUACCGCAUCUCUGGGACGCAGAGGUUUGAGAUGCCGAAGCAGGAGGUGAGUAUAUCAGCGGUGUUCCAUGUCAUGGAGGACGCGAAGAGCAGGAUGACCAUUCUUGCGUGGGGCCUAUCUGAUACGACUCUGGAGGAUGUGUUCAUCAGAGUUGCCAAGGAGAACGAGGCAUCCUCUGUCAUCUGA